AAGGCGAGCAGUGCCUGCGUUUUGAUGGUGGGAUCAAGCUGGGGAAGAUAGAUUUACAGUGUGUUUCCUUACGGCUUUCAGAAUAUAUAUGACUUACAUUAUCUUGUAAUAAGAAUUUUUUUACGGAUUACCCGAAGAGAGGCUUGGUUUUGGACAUUCGCUGACUACGGAACAAUGGCGUACCUACUGAGGUUUGCCUGCAAUGUGUUUACGUGUAUGUUACUGGUAUGUGCACCGCAUCUAAUCACCGGGCAACUUCGUUAUUCUAUUCCGGAGGAAAUGGAAGAAGGCGCUUUUGUUGGAAAUCUCGCACAAGAUCUGGGUCUGAACGUGCGGCAAUUAUCAGCUCGCAAAUUGCGACUCGGCUCUGAUGACGGUGGACGGUACAUGAAGGUUGGUUUAGACAAUGGGGUAUUAUCUAUUCGUGAAAGAAUCGACAGGGAAGGUAUUUGUAGGCACACCGAAAUGUGUACUAUAUAUUUUAAAACAACACUAGAAAAUCCCUCGGAGGUGUACCGCGGGGAAGUAGAGAUUCUCGAUGUAAAUGACAAUCCUCCCAAUUUCGAUGACGGAAGCAUCGCCUUGCAGAUAUCUGAAGCGAUUGCACCCGGAGUACGUUUCCGCCUUGAGAGCGCGGACGAUCCCGAUAUUGGAAUAAAUACUGUCACCGCCUACACAAUCAGUUCCAAUGAGCACUUUAGUAUAAAAACGCAUACAAAAGAAGAUGGUAUUAUGGUAGCUGAGUUACUGUUAGAGAAAUAUUUAGACCGAGAAGUCCAAUCAUCAUAUCAACUCUUGCUUACGGCGACUGACGGUGGGAUACCUCAGAGAUCAGGCACAGCUCAAGUUCUCAUUACUGUAUUGGACAAUAAUGAUAAUCCACCAGUGUUCGAUCGAGAUAAUUACAGGGGCAGCUUAAGUGAGAACGCUCGGCAAGGUGCCAUUGUGAUGAAAGUCAAUGCAAAUGACGCGGACGAAGGUCUGAACGCGGAGCUGACGUACACUUUUAGUGAUGUUACUUUGCGAAGAGUGGGUAAUUUAUUCAGAUUAGACCCACAUAAUGGAGAGAUCCGUGUAGAAGGACCGCUGGAUUUUGAAGAAGCAACUAGCUAUUCUCUCGAUAUUCAAGCUAUGGAUAAUGGUUCACCUCCAAUUACUGGGCACGCAAAUGUGCUGAUCAAAAUAACUGACGUGAAUGAUAACGCACCCGAGAUAAAGCUGACAUCAGCCUCCACCAAAAUCCCGGAAAAUGCUCCACCAGGAACAUUCAUUAUGUUCAUUGAUGUUAUUGAUCGUGAUUCUGGAGUGAAUGGUCAAGUCCGCUGCGAGUUGCCUCAGAAUGUUCCUUUUAGACUACAAACAGCAUCGAGCCAUUAUAAAUUGGUUACCAGUGAAACGUUGGACCGUGAAGUAAUUUCUGAGUACACAUUACCAAUUUCAGCAUGGGACUUGGGAUCGCCUUCACUGUCGUCAAAUAAAACUAUACAUAUUGCAAUAACCGAUAUAAACGAUAACGCCCCGCGGUUUUCUGAAUCAUCCUACAACGUAUAUGUGACGGAGAAUAGUGCUCCGGGUGCAUCCAUUUUUGCACUAAUUGCACUAGAUGCUGAUCAGGAGCAGAAUUCCUAUAUCUCUUACUCUUUUGGGGACAAUCGGAUCCAAACCCUGCCAGUAUCCACUUACCUGUCUAUUAACCCAAUGAACGGUACUAUUUACGCGCUGCGUUCUUUCGACUAUGAGGAACUCAAGAACUUCCAGAUCAAUGUACAAGCCCGUGAUGGUGGGGUGCCUCCGUUAAGCAGCAGCGCCACGGUGAAUGUCAUCAUCCUGGAUCAAAAUGACAACGCGCCGGUAAUUGUUUCGCCUUUAGAACAGAGUGGAUCAGUGGCAACGGAGAUCGUGCCCCAAUCAGCGGGUCAAGGUUAUUUGGUCACCAAAAUAAUAGCUACAGAUGCAGAUUCUGGUCAGAACUCACGACUCUUUCAUCAGAUGGUGAAAUCUACCGAUCCCACUUUGUUCAACGUUGGGAAGAUUUCCGGUGAAAUCAGAACUAGUCGCAACAUUUUGCAGUCCGAUAUUGGUUUACAGACUCUGGUCAUCUUGGUCAAGGACAAUGGGCAGCCAAGCCUGUCCAGUACAGUUACAAUGAACAUUCGAGUUUUGGAGAACAUCACUGAAGGAAUCACCGAAAGCAGCACCUUUGUGAAGAAUCCAGAAUAUUUCUCUGAUCCAAAUGUUUACUUUAUCAUAAUUUUCAGUUGCACUUCCGUUGUGUUUCUUCUGAUUAUCGUUCUGUUGAUUGGCAUCAAGUGCAAACAGGACAGAAGUAUUAUCCAAGGGUAUAACACCCCCAGUUAUUGUUACAAUCGUGGAGAGUUGCACGGCACGUUUAAUGGAAGACCUGCUAUAGAGGAAACUUUACGCUAUCCCGGGACAGGCCGGGUUGUCCGCGUACCGGAGCCGCACCAAUACUCGGUCUGCCUGUCUCCAGAGUCAGCGAAAAGUGAUUUCCUCUUCUUGAAGCCAUGCGGCGCUCCCACGUCUCAGGCCUAAUGAUGCGUAUGCUCAAGGAAGGCGCAUCUUAUUUGUGGUCAUUUUACUCUCGAGGCAUAUGAAUAAUUCGUGAGUGAAAUAUUUAAGAAAAUAUUGUGCAUGUUUUCUAUUUCAUUUAAAGUGAGCAUUUGUUGUCAUGGUAACGAAUAUAUAACUUUUAGCAAAUAAAGCCCAUCGUCUGAGAGGUAUCUGUCAACUCUGAUCAAAUGAUAUUGCUUAUUAUUGAACGACAUACAUAUAUACAUUGCUGCUGGAUCAAUCACAUUAAGGAUGCUAAAUACAUUUACUUGCCUAAAGUAAAAUAUACGAUAAAGAAUUCGACGUCAGCAUAUUCCAUAUGAAAUGCUGAUAGGUACAGAGCAAAUAACUAAAUAACAAACUUAGAAGACGGAAAUGAAAAUAUAAAGUGAAUGAGAAACACAAGAUGCGAAAGCUGAUAGAUAAAAUGAUCUGGCGGGAAACUCAUCAGGUGGGCCCCGAAGUGAGCUGGGAUAUGGAUAGCUAACGUUUCAGGUUGCCCCAUGCCUCCAAUCUGGACUAGGGAAGUAUUAGCUGGCAGAAAGCGGUAAAUGAAAAUGGCGAGGCAAGUGCCGGCAAGUUGAAUACAGGAAAGGAAAACUUGGCUGGCAGAUGGAAAACAACGGAUGGAGAUGGUCACAUAGGCGGGAGUUAAGAUAUGAAAAAGGAGAACGAGAUGGUGGAAUCCGAUAAGAAGGGAAUGUACGAAAGAAACUAUAGAAGUAUGGGCAGGCAAGGCUCAUGCGAAACAGUACGACGGGUAGAAGAGGAUGUGAAUGUGAGCACCCUUAUGGAUCAGCAGGAGAAGGAGGUGGGCAGACGGUAAUCUACAGUUGGAACAAUGCAUGUUCAUGCCUUUGGAUUGUAGGCCACACAAGCGGAAUAUAGGGUGCCGGUAUUUCAGUUUGUAUAUGACCUCCCUCUGCGUAUGGAGUAAACUGAGGACAUAGAGACUGCAUUGGAAUGGGAAUAUAACUGAAAAUAUUGCAAUCAGGAGUUCCAGCUCGCCUACCAAUGACGUUCAGACCAGAACUGUGCACAAUACUUCAAAUGCGGCCAAAGCAGUGAUUUGUUCAGCCAUAACAGGAUAUCUCAACUAUUGUAUUCCCAACCUACGCUGAUGAGCGCAAACGUGCCAUAUGCAAAUGUCACCACUAGCUUCCAUUUUUAAAGAACUAUUUUCUUAUAGCCCCAAAAUAUCCUUAUUUCCUUCAACUCUCAGCAAUACCUUGCCUCUCACUCAUUAUCGUGUGUCUGUAGAACUCACAAAUCAGAAACGUCAUGCAACCUACAGUAGAAGCAAUUUAGUAUAAUCUUGUCCCAACUGCUAUCCUUGCCGCUGCGAAUGCCAUUUAGUUUAAAUUUCUGAAAUAUAUUAGUAUGUUCUAUCCUUAAUUCCCCAUUCACACUGCUAUUGAAAACUAAAACAUAUUCAUUGGUUUGCAAUUCUGAUGAAGGGCCCAGAACUGACCAUUUAAUUGUUCUCUUUCCUCAUAUAAUCUGUGACCUGAUGAAUGUUUGAAGCCAUUUGUGUUUUUUUCUUCGUAGAUGAGAUUUCAUGCAUGGGUCAAUAUAGUCUUGAAUCAUAUUCUGUGUCGUUCUGCAACCGAAGUGAUUUCGAUAGAACGCCCACAUCUAGUGGUAUAAAUAAUACAAUACACCUCUGAGGAUCAAUGCGACAUUGAGUCGCGUAUAUGUAAAUUGCACGAAGGGAAUGUUUGGAAGAAGUGCACAAUGAAACAAAGGGGCACAAAGUAAAUAGGAAUUCACAAAUCGUCCAAUUUUCCUGUGCUCAACCUCCCACUGACACCUUUGUACGAGUCUUCCCAUUCUAUCAGCCUGAUUCUCUGAAUUAAAACGCGUACACAAAUGCAGACACUCCUGACAGAAUCAAUCCAAAUUUACUUUCUGAUUUGUGAUGGUAAAAGAUGCACCUGACAAUCAACUCUAUUUGAUUUGGAGCUGAAUAAUCUUUCCCCAUGAACACCUUACUUGAAAGACAAAAUUCCUUCACCUGUUGGUACCGUUGAAAGCGACAUGUUCACUAAAUCCAGCUUUAAGGAAAGUGGCACUACAAUUCUUUAAGAAACGUGACACUACAAAGAAUCUCCUCAUAUACUUACAAUAAAGCAAUAAGAAACUCUCUCAAAACAAAGUAUUGGAGGAACGCAAUGGGUCGGGGAAAUGGACAGUCAACGAUCCGGUACAGGCCCCUUAUUCGAUCGAUUGCAGGUGCUGCGUCCCCCACUGCCUUCCUGCAGCACCGUGUAUUUAGUUUUAGAUUGCAGCAACUUCCAUUAAUGGACCCCAGCAGUGAAGAACAAAAUCGUACGAAGUUUCAAAAUAAAUAUAUUUCGUUUCAAAUCUGAAUUGCAAUUGCCAGAGCCC